AUGAAGCCCUCGGCGGUCCUCCUCGCCCUGGCCGCCGUCCUGGUCCCCUGCUGCCCUGGGGCGCCCGUCCACAGGCAGGGCAGCGCUCACAGCCCCCGGAGCAAGUUGCUGCUUGUGUCCUUCGACGGCUUCCGCUGGGACUACGAUCAGGACGUGGACACCCCCAAUCUGGACGCCAUGGCCCGCGACGGCGUGAAGGCACGCUACAUGACCCCCGCCUUCAUCACGCUCACCAGCCCCUGCCACUUCACACUGGUCACCGGGAAAUACGUGGAGAACCACGGGGUGGUACACAACAUGUUCUAUAACACCAGCAGCCGACUGAAGCUACCCUACUACACCACACUGGGCAUCCAGAGCUGGUGGGACAACGGCAGCGUGCCCAUCUGGGUCACCGCCCAGAGGCAGGGCCUACGGACCGGCUCCUUCUUCUAUCCUGGCGGCAACGUCACGUACCAAGGGGUGGCCGUGACCCUGAGCCGCAAGGAGGGUGCCCUGCACAACUAUGGGAAUGAGAGUGAGUGGCGUGCCAACGUGGACACAGUGAUGACGUGGUUCACGCAGCACGACCUGCACCUCGUCACGCUCUACUUCGGGGAGCCAGACUCCACGGGGCACAGGUACGGUCCCGACUCCCCACAGAGGCAGGCCGUGGUGGAGCAGGUUGACCGCACCGUGGGCUACAUCCGGGACAGCAUCGCGCACCACGGCCUCUCGGACAGCCUGGACCUCAUCGUCACCUCCGACCACGGCAUGAGCAGCGUGCAGAAGACAGCGCCUGACCUGGUGGAGCUGCACAAGCUCCCCAACUUUACCUUCCAGGAUGUUGACUUUGAACUCCUGGACUACGGCCCCAACGGGAUGCUGCUGCCCAAAGAGGGCCGCCUGGAGCAAGUGUAUGCCGCCCUGCGGGGCGCGCACCCCCGGCUGCACGUCUACCGCAAGGAGGAGUUCCCCAGGGCCUUCCACUACGCCGGCCACCCCAGGAUCACGCCCCUGCUCAUGUACAGUGACCCCGGCUACGUCAUCCACGGGAGAUACAGCGUCCAGUUCAACAACGGGGAACACGGCUUCGACAACGGGGACAUGGACAUGAAGACCAUCUUCCGGGCCGUGGGCCCCAGCUUCAAGGCGGGCCUGGAGGUGGAGCCCUUCGAGAGCGUGCACGUCUAUGAGCUCAUGUGCCAGCUGCUGGGCAUCGAGCCCGAGGCCAAUGACGGGGACCCGGCUGUCCUGCGGCCCCUGCUGCGGUCAGGGUCGACUCUGAGCCGCCGGCCGCCCUCGGUGAUGGGCCUGCUGGGGGUCAUGCUGCUGCUGGCCAAGGUCGCCUGA